UGGGGGCUGGUGAACAACGCGGGGAUCAGCGUCCCCACCGGCCCCAACCAGUGGCUGACCAAGGACGACUUCGCCAAGGUGCUGAACGUCAACCUGCUCGGCCUCAUCGAGGUGACGCUGAGCCUGCUGACCCUGGUGCGGCGGGGGGCGGGCCCGGGGGGCCAAAUGCGGCAAUUUUUUUUCGGCGGGGGGUACUGCAUCUCCAAGUUCGGUGUGGAGGCCUUCUCGGACAGCCUGCGGCUUGAGAUGCGCAACUUCGGGGUGAAGGUCAGUGUGAUCGAGCCGGGCUACUUCAAGACAGACAUGACCAACAGAAAGAACCUGGAGAAUGAUUUGCUUUCCAUCUGGAAGAAGCUCCCAGAGGAAACCAAAGUGAUUUACGGGGACAGUUAUGUGAAGAAGGUUUCAGUAGCGCUCAGCAAGAUGGAGAAAUUUUGCAACCCCAGCCUGAGGCUGGUCACGGACCGCAUAGAGCACGCGCUGACCAGCUGCUCCCCCCGCACCCGCUACGCCGUGGGCUGGGACGCCAGGCUGCUCUUCAUCCCGCUCAGCUACCUGCCCUCAGCGCUCACCGACAUCCUCUUCAGCUGUUUAUACCCCGGACCUGCCCGGAAAACCUAA